UCACGUGACUAAACACGGAAGUAGUGUGUGCAGUGCAUGCAUUUCCAGCUCAGGUUAGUUUAAUUUUAGAGGAUGCUUAAAAUGUGUUAAUCCUUUUGUCUAACGCGUUAUCAUUAAAUAAUCAACGUGCUGAAACGAUGACCCAAGCUGAGAGAGAACAAGAAAACGGAAAGGAGAGAGAGAAGGAACGCGAGAAGGAGAAAGACAAGGACCAGCAGCGUGGGGUCAAGAGACCUAUCGUCCCAGCAUCUAUCCCCGAGUCCCUUCAAGAACAAAUACAGACCAACUUUGUAGUCGUGAUUCACCCUGGUUCAAGGACGCUACGAAUCGGGAGAGCGACAGACACUCUACCAGUGUCGGUACCCCACGUAAUCGCUCGCAAACACAAGCAAAGCGGACAGCCGAAACAUGAAGACCCCUGGCUUCUGAGGGAUGGCCUGAAUAAACCAGAGAGUAAUGAGCAGCGGCAGAAUGGCCUCAAAAUGGUGGAACAGGCCAUUUGGUCUAAGAAGAUGUCUACUGGACUGCGGAGGACGCCUGUGUCAGCUGAACAGGCCAGGUCAUAUAACCGGCAGGUCCGUCCAGCGGUUCUGGACAGCAGCUCCAGGUUGAAGUGGACCAACACGGGCCAGCAGCCUCAGUACCUGGUUGGGGACGAGGCCGUGUAUGUGAGUCCGUCGGACGGCUACGACGUGCACUGGCCGCUGGUCAGGGGUCACCUCAACGUGCACCCAGGCCCCGGGGGCUCGCUCACAGCUGUCCUGGCCGACCUGGAGGCCAUCUGGGGUCACGUGAUCAACAAGCAGCUGGAGAUCCCGCUGAAAGACCUCAAGUAUUACAGAUGCAUCCUGUUGGUCCCUGAUAUAUACAAUAGACAGCACAUAAAGGAGAUGGUCAACAUGCUGCUGCUGAACAUGGGCUUCUCAGCCAUCAUCGUGCACCAGGAGUCCGUGUGCGCUACGUUUGGUAGUGGCCUGAGCAGUGCCUGUGUGGUGGACGUGGGCGACCAGAAGACUAGUCUCUGCUGCGUGGAGGACGGGGUGUCCCACCGCAACUCCAGGUUAUGUUUGUCUUAUGGUGGUGCAGAUGUCACCCGCACUUUCUUCUGGCUCCUGCAGAGGGCGGGCUUUCCCUACAGAGAGUGUCAGCUCUCCAACAGGCUGGACUGUCAGCUACUUCAGCAACUCAAAGAGUUGUUCUGCCAUCUCAAUCAGGACAUUUCGGGACUACAAGAUCAUGAGUUUCGUACGCGUUUCCCAGAAGCCCCAGCUCUUCUUUACCAUAUUCGACUUGGUGAUGAGAAGCUACAGGCACCAAUGGGUUUGUUCUAUCCAACCACAUUCGGCAUUGUGGGCCAGAAGAUGACGUCAUUGCCGUACCGUUCCCAAGGCGACCCCGAGGACCCUCACGAUGAGCACUAUCUGCUCGGUACUCAGAGCAAACAGGACCAGUCCUCCAAAUGCUCCGCGGACCGCAAGCCCCUCUCCAGGCCCGCGGGGGCGGUGGACAGUGAGCUGACGGGCCCAGGCGGCAGCGCGGAGCCCUCCGACCCGCACAGGCUCAGCAGCGGCGGGGGCGGCGGCGGCGCUGGAGGCAGCCAGGGGGAGAUGGAGCUGGGACCGGCCCAGGCUGAGUGCCUGAUGGGCCCAGGAGAGGCGGAGGAGCAGCAGCCCUCCGCACUGCUGUCCAGGAAGUCGGCCAUCAUGGGCCAGUUUGAGAGCAAGGCCCUGGGCUUGGACAAGGCCAUCCUGCAUAGCAUUGACUGCUGCGCGUCGGACGAGACCAAGCGCAAAAUGUACAGCUCCAUCCUGGUGGUGGGGGGAGGACUGAUGUUCCACGGUGCUCAGGAGUUCCUGCUCCAUCGCAUCAUUAACAAGAUGCCACCGUCCUUCCGAAGGCUGGUGGACAAUGUUGAGGUCAUCACACGCCCCAAGGACAUGGACCCGUGGCUGAUCUCUUGGAAGGGAGGGGCGGUGCUGGCCUGCUUGGACACCUCCCAGGAGAUGUGGAUCCACCAGCGGGAGUGGCAGCGCUUCGGUGUCCGCAUGCUCCGCGAGAGAGCCGCCUUCGUGUGGUGAACCCGGCUGAGUGACGAUGGUCAUUUCGAUGGAUGUUUACCAUUUUGUUGUCUCUUUAUUUGGAUCAUAUGAAUGCAAUCGUUUUUUUUUGUUUUACAUUUAGAACAGAUCCCCAGAACAAAACAAAUUGGUUUUGAAAGAACAUGGUCAAAUUGUUGACGUUUCUCUACUCUGUAAAUAGCGUUUUCUGUCAUUGUCGAACAAUUUGUUGAGUCUUCAUUUUAUUACAUGACCGGAUCUUCGCAAAGAAACAUUUUGACAUUGUAAAUCUUUAUUUAAAUCUGAGGGAUAUAAAGCACAUAAUAACUUAAUCUUCAAGGUUUGAAAUGAACACAUGGGUCAGUAAGUUGUGAGAAGCAGAAAGAAUGAAGGGAAGCGAGCGGAGAGAGCGGCGCUGAAGUCGGUUGCCACAUCAGCCAGCCUGGCCCCUACAAUGUAGGAAUUCCCA